AUGCCUCGUCAACGAUCCGUCGGUCGCGCUCCUUCGCGCCCUACCGCCGCUGCUUCUGCUCCUAAGCCCCAGCAGACUCGACCUGCCGCCACCCACGCUGCUCCCGCCGGUUCUCACCCUCCUGCCCAGGCUAUGCCUCCUCAGGCUGCCGGUUCUCAGGGUCCUGGACUUUUCGGUCAAAUGGCCAGCACUGCUGCCGGUGUCGCUAUCGGUUCCUCAGUAGGCCAUGCCAUCGGUGGUCUGUUCGGUGGCUCCUCCGAGCCCGCCGCUCCCGUCCAGGCUCAAGCUGCUCCUCAAGAGCAGUCCUGGAACCAGAACAACUGCGCCGGUAUUGCCCAGAACUUUACAAAGUGCAUGGACGACAACAACGGAAACAUGCAAAUUUGCAACUGGUAUCUUGAACAGCUCAAGGCUUGCCAGGCUGCUUCUAGCCAGUAA